AUGUCUGGAGGCUUUGCGUUCGUGACCGGCGGAGCGAGUGGCCUUGGCCGCGGGGUGGCGCAGAUGCUAGUAAAGAACGACAUCAAAGUGUUCAUCGUAGACCGAGACCUGGAGGGCGCCCAGAAGGUUGUGGAUGAACUGGGCUCGCAGAUGGCCAGAUGUGCCCAGGUCGACGUCGCCAACUGGAAUUCGCAGGUCAAGGCUUUCAGUCAGGCUGUGGCAGACUUUGGUCGGAUCGACUACGUCUACCCCAUUGCCGGCAUUGGCGAACGCGCCUGGAUCCCGAAUGAUCCUUCCAUGACGGGCUUCGUGCAGCCUGACCUGAGCGUGCUCGACAUUGACCUGACAGGAGUCUUUUACACGGUGGCAUUGGCUGUGCAGCAAUUCCGAAAGCAGCAACCCGGCAAGGACGGCUUCCGGGGCAAGAUCGGAACCGUGGCGAGCGUGUGUGGGUUCUACACCUGUCCUACUCUCCCCGUGUAUACGGCGGCGAAACACGGUGUCGUGGGACUGGUCAGGAGCUAUGGAAAAUAUCUGCCUGAGGAAAAGAUCACCUUCAACGCGGUCUGUCCGAAUGUGAUCCGAACCAACAUCUCCGCGGCCACCUUUUACGAUCAGCUGGACAAGGAGGGGUUGUUGUCGCCCAUCGAGGGGGUCAUCGGCGUGUUUGAGUCGCUGCUGGGGUCUAACGCGACAUCUGGGGAGACCUUCGAGAUUGGGCCCAACUACAAGGAACAGGGAGCGGUCGUCCGCAAGGGCAUCGAGUAUCUGGACAAGGAAAGCGAGAGGUGCUUCGAGUUGCUGUACCACCGGUCGCGCCCUCUGCAUCAGCCUCGUUGA